GCUCCCAUUCCGCGCAUACUUCGCAUCCCUGUAGAUACGCGGCGAAUUUUACGCACUAGCCGGCUGGUCUGGAGAAAAAAAAACCUUGUCAGUUCUGAAAAAAACAUCUCAGUUCUUACAGCAAAAUCGCAAAACAGCUCAAAUUGUGACAAUUAACCAUAAUAGAGGUGUUUAAGGGAGGGAGUUGCCGUAAAGGAUAUUUUGCUUUCCUAGCGCAAAAAAGCAUACAAGUCAAGAGGACUUGUUGCAUUUCGGGUUUUCAUUUGGCCCUUUGACAUCUGUUUCUCCCCCCAGUGUGAUCCAGGCCUGGGCAUGGACGAGCGCAGCGCCACUAUGGACCCCAGCAGUUGGAGCGGCAGCGAGAGCCCCGCAGACGACAUGGAGAGGAUGAGCGACGGGGCCGAGAAGGGCAUGGACGGGGACCCCGAGGGGGUGUGGAGCCCCGACAUCGACCAGAGCUUCCAGGAGGCGCUGGCUAUCUACCCGCCCUGUGGGCGGAGGAAGAUCAUCCUCUCAGACGAGGGCAAGAUGUACGGUCGCAAUGAGUUGAUAGCGAGAUACAUCAAACUAAGAACGGGAAAGACAAGGACAAGAAAGCAGGUCUCCAGUCACAUUCAGGUUCUUGCCAGACGGAAAUCUCGGGAGUUUCACACCAAGCUAAAGGUCACAUGUAUGGACCAGAGUGUGAAGGACAAGGCACUGCAGAGUAUGGCCUCCAUGUCCUCGGCUCAGAUCGUCUCUGCCACUGCCAUCCACAACAAGCUUGGCCUCCCAGGCUUCCCAAGACCCACCUUCCCUGGGGCGGCAGGGUUUUGGCAGGGUAUGAUAUCCACUGGCCAGCCUGGAUCCUCACAAGACGUUAAGCCAUUUGCCCAGCAGGCCUACCCCAUCCAGACAGCUGUAACGACCACCAUCUCAGCGUACGAGCCUCCCACAGCCCCCACGCCUACAGCCCCAGCCUGGCAGGGCCGCUCCAUCGGGACCACCAAACUCAGACUGGUGGAGUUCUCUGCCUUCCUGGAGCAGCAGAGAGACCCUGACUCUUACAACAAGCACCUGUUUGCCCACAUCGGACAGACUAACUACUCGUACAGCGAUGCCCUCCUGGAGGCUGUCGACAUCCGUCAGAUCUACGAUAAGUUCCCAGAGAAGAAGGGAGGACUGAAGGAGCUCUUUGGAAAGGGCCCUCACAACUCCUUUUUCCUGGUCAAGUUCUGGGCUGAUCUGAACUGUAACAUCCAGGAUGACUCUGGGGCCUUCUACGGUGUGACCAGCCAGUAUGAGAGCUCUGAGAACAUGACCAUCACCUGCUCUACCAAGGUGUGCUCCUUCGGCAAGCAGGUGGUUGAGAAGGUGGAGACGGAAUAUGCUCGCUUCGAGAACGGACGCUUUGUCUACAGGAUAAGCCGCUCCCCCAUGUGUGAAUACAUGAUCAACUUCAUCCACAAACUCAAACACCUGCCUGAGAAAUACAUGAUGAACAGUGUCCUGGAGAACUUCACCAUCCUAUUGGUGGUGACCAACAGAGAGACACAGGAGACGCUGCUGUGCAUGGCGUGUGUGUUUGAGGUGUCGAACAGCGACCACGGAGCUCAACAUCACAUCUACCGGCUAGUCAAGGAAUAAGAGACUGAGGCCUAGAUUCAAUCAGAUCGAACGUUAACCGACAUCCGCAUAGCAGAUGUUUUGGCGCUGUUGGAGGUGUAACUGCGGUGUGAGCUGAAAUAUCGGUGAGCGGCUGCUCUUGUGUGGCAUCAACCCUCCCUUCCUUAAUAUCCCUACCGUGUUGGGAGUUCAAGACGGUGCAAGGAAGUGUAGACUCUAUCGAUGUUGGAAGUAAUGAUAUUCAAAUGUCAAACCAUUGAUGUUAGGCUAAUCGCAUGUUUUCAUGUUCAUUUGGAUGGGGGGAUUUAUACCUUAUCAGUCUAAUUCGAGUGUUGUAACUUGUAACGUGGCUGAAUGAAAUUCUAACGCGGCUGUAUGGGAUUUGUCAGAUUAUAGUCGGGUGUGAUUUCGUUUCAUCCAAUGGCGGUGUC